UACUUUUGCUUUCAGCCAGCGGACGGCGCAGGGGCGGCGAGCGAGCGGAGCCUCCCGUGGACCGAAAAGGCAUAUAUGCGCUGCCCCCCUAACAAUGGCCGCCCGUUUUUGUUGUUUACCGCGCGCCACCCAGUGAUCCAUCCGACUCUCCACUCCCACGAAUACCGCAGCCCCCUUUCCGCGUCUCCUCCUCCUUCCUCGUCUCUCCCACCGUCCCCAUCUCCCUUCCCGUUGGGGUUUCCCCACUCUCUUCAUCGGACCUCCUCGCUUGUCUUGGCACGAGAGAGAAGCGCAGAGAUUGAUGGCGUCCUCGCCGGCGGUGAGGGUGGAGAAGGCGACCAACGAGCUGCUGCUGGGCCCCGACUGGACCCUCAACAUCGACAUCUGCGACGCUGUCAACUCUGAUCACGGGUCAAAUAGCUAAUGCAUUUUAGCACAGACAAAACAUGUAAUGGAUCAAACAAGAAGUGUAUCAUAUCAGCAUUUUUUCCCUAAGGGCCAUCUUUCAAGCAGUUUUAUAAGGGGACAGUAAUUAUCAAUCUUCCCGGCAAUGAGCACAGAAUGUUGAAACUGUUGCGACCUAUCUUUUCACGGCAAUCCUCAUUAGCUGCAAGUUCUGAGUGACCAUAUCCCCAUCUUCGUUAGUAACUGCACUGAUGAUGAUAUCAACAGAAAUCAACUUUUUCCUCAAACCGGCAGAAGAGUUGUCCAUCAUUAUAUUAAGAAGGAAUUAAAAAAAGAUACGAACUGCACUCGGCAGCCAAAGCAAAAAAGAAGAAAACCAAUGCUAUAAACAAGACGGAAAAAAGAGGAAAAUACGAGAAAGGAAGGCUGGGGGUGCGAACACAAAAAUAAGAGGACCAACACCACUCUAGAGGUUACAACAACAAAGAAGACAACCCUUUUGCUCCCGCAACACAACACACUGAGGCCUCAUCCCAAAGAGCAUGCUCCAGCCUAGGAAGGCUUGGGGCAAGGCCAUCAAAGACACAAGAGUUUCUAUGCUUCCAGAGCAACCAGGAAACCAGCAUAACCAGGGAAUUGAAACCCGGACGACUGGCAGCUGGCACUCGAGCAAAGGCACCUCUCCACCAGUCCUCAAAGGAAACUUCAUGCAACUGAGGAGUUACAUACGACUACCCCACUCGGUUUAACAUGGAAACCAAGCCUGACGAGAGAAGUCACACUCCAAAAGAAGAUGGUGCAUUGUCUCCUCCACCUGAUUACAAAGAAGACACCACUGCGGGUGUGGAAGGUUACGUCGAGCGAAUCUAUCGGCCAUCCAACAUCGGUUGAGCACCGCAAGCCAUAGAAAGAAUUUGCAUCGAGGAGGGGCCCAUGAUUUCCAAAUACUCCCAAGGCUCAAAGCCUAUGCAUCCCGUAAAGAACCUUCUGUAAGCCGAAGAAACCCAGUAAGAACGCGAAGAUGAGAGAGUCCAAAGAUGCAAGUCGUGUACACUCGGCUGAAGGGAAACUCCUUGCAGUAGGUCCCAAAGCUUGAGGUACUCGGUAACCGCCAGAAUGUUAAGAGAUCCCUUGACAUCUCUUAGCCACUGCUGAUCAUUGAGAGCCUCAGCUACAGUUCGCCGAGAAAAGAGGCGUUUAGCAACCAGCUUUACAAGAUUGGGCACCAAUUCUAACAAUGAUUGACCAUGGAGCCAACGAUCACACCGGAAAAGGGUUUGCUGCCCAUCUCUCACCACAGAAACAAUAGGAAUGAAGACUCCUCGUGGGAUCAUCAUUUUUCAAAGAGGAAGGGCUUCAAGCAAAAGAGGUGAUUAAAGCUGUGAAAAAACGUAUGCAGCACAAGAAUUCAAAUGUCCAAUUUCUUGCUUUGACGCUAUUAGAGACUCUAGUAAAGAAUUGUGGCGAUCAUGUGCAUUUCCAAGUCAUAGAACGCAAUAUACUGGAGGAAAUGAUGAAAAUUGUGAAGAAAAAGGCAGAUAUGCAAGUGAGGGACAAAAUUCUGACACUCCUGGAUUCUUGGCAAGAAGCAUUUGGUGGGCCUGGUGGCAAGCACCCUCAUUAUUACUGGGCAUAUGCUGAAUUAAAGCGAUCUGGUAUAGAAUUUCCUAAGCGCUCACCUGAUGCUGCACCAAUAUUUACUCCUCCGGUCACACGCCCAGCAUCUUUGCCGUCAUAUCUUCAAGCAGGGUAUGGAAUGACAGUCAAUUCUUCCUCGAGGCUUGAUGACGCAAUGUCAUCAAAUGGGGCUUCUCUGAGCAUGUCAGACUUGGAACGCAUGCUGGGGGCUGUGGAACUAUUGACUGAGAUGUUGAGAGCUGUGAAUCCAAAUGAUCACGACGCUGUCAAUGAUGAAAUUAUCACAGAACUUAUGAACCAAUGUCGGUCAGACCAGAAAAGGAUCAUGAGUUCAGUAAGUUCAGUGAGGGAUGAGGAACUCUUGGGCCAGGCUCUUGACUUAAAUGAUAAAUUACAAACUCUAAUUGAGAAACAUGAUGCGAUGGCAUCAGGUUCUCCUCUACCAGCUGAAGUAACAGAUGUGGGUAGUGAAUUACCAGCAGGAACCGCUCCGAACCUAGGUGCAAAAGUUGCUCCAACAUUUGUACCAACUAACGUUUUGAAUGAUGAAGAAGAAGAAGAUGAAGACGACGAGUUCUCUCUGCUAGCUCGCAGGAAGUCGAAAUUCAGGUCCACAAACGCUGAGAACGCCUCUUCUGGUUUAGGCACAACUUCGUCAACCAUCCAUGAGGGAAUAGCCAGUCCAGCAGCUUCUGUUCCCUCUACAACUUCAUCAUCCGUUCCAAGCAAUGCAUUAUCUCUGCCUGAUCCUCCAGCCCCUGUGAGGAUUUCUCCAGAAGAGCAGGUUAUGACUGACCUUCUUGCACUCACCAUAUCGUCAAACCCAUCGCCGCCCUAUACCCCAGUGACAACUGAACCAGCCUUGAAUCAAGGUGGCUCACCAGCCAGUGAUCAUCCACAGCCUUAUCAUGCAAACCAAGGACAUGCAACUGCACAUUAUGUCGCUCCGUGGGCUCAGCCUCAGUCUCAAACCGCAGGAGUUCAGCAACAGACACCAACUCAGUCACAAUUGCCCUACAACUCAUUUGCUUACCCACCACCGCCAUGGGCCUCCCAGAAUAGCACCGAAUCGAACCCUUUUGUAGCAUCAUCGUCUCAGCAUCAGUCCACUUCCAACUCGCCAUCGAAUCUGAGGCCUCUACAGCAAUCACAUUCUUUCGGGGUGCCACUUCGAAGUGCUAGUUCGGAGUCACCAAUAAAUCGGAACCUGAAGCAACCAUUGUCUGCAGGGGCUCGCAGGCCAUCUUAUGUUUCUUCCAACAAGUUCUUCGAUGAUUUGUUCGAGAGAAAUUCAGAUGGUAGCCUGAAAGUAGGCAGUACUGUUGGCGGUGACACUUCAAGUCCAUACAAGGCAUAGUAAUGUCAACGGAAAAUAAACUUCAAAAGAAUGUUUGUCACGCAGGGUUGUUCUCUUGUCUUGACCUUUCAUGUUGUCAGCCUGCCUACAACGGAAAAUAAACUUCAAAAGAAUGUUUGUCAUGCUGGGUUGUUCGCUUGUCUUGACCUUUCAUGUUGUCAGCCUGCCUGCAACGUCGUGAGGUUUCCUAUAGCUAUGUUAGACUGAUCUGGUUGAUGCUUUCUGAUUCUCGGGAACAUGCUGAUUUGUUCAUAAAUAAUUUAUGCCAAUACAUGCUAUAUGAAAGCAUCAGACUCUUUGUUAUGCAGAUUUUCUGAAUGGCAAAAACCAGUUCCUCUUAAA